AAUUUACCCUUCCUUUUUCUCUCUCCACCCCUUCGAUUUUGACCACCAUAGACGCCGCUUACCACGCUUACCACUGGUUUUCUUUUUCUUUUUCUUUUCGAAUUCUAAUUUGGGUUUGGGGUUAGUGGGGGCGAAGCCAUAUGGGAUUAUCUCAAAAUUUUCAGAACUAUGAUGUUUUGUUAUCCCCACAGACUUAAAUUAGAGGGACCCAAGUGUUAAAAUGGGAAGAGGAAGAAGAAGACGACGUUUGUAUGAAUUAGGUUUUUUGGGUUAUGAAGAGCCAUAAUCGUCUGGGGUACCCAGUUUGGUGCCCUAAUUAAUACUAAGAGAAUUUUGAGGGUUUUGGCCCACCAAACACAACCUCAUUGCCUGUACUUUUUCGGUUAAGAGAAUGGCUGCAGCUGCAGAGAGGAAGAGUUGAACGGAGCCAAAUAGGAUAAUAGGAGAGAGAGAGAGAGAGAGAGAGGGAGAGAGAGAGUCAAGGGGUAUCAUCCCAGAACCCCACAAAGGCCAUUAACAGAUCAUGGAACAGUAAGAGAGAGAGAGAGAGAGAGGAGAGAGAAGAAGGUUGAAUACAGCGAAGCAGAUGCAAUGCAAAACCCACCACAAAUAUAUAUCAGUAUAUAGAAAGUGCUGAUACAGCGAAAAAGGUCGGUCUUAAAUUUUCAUUGGACACCUUUACCCUACUGUUCUUGUGGGUACCCACCAGCAGCUUUUCUGUCUCUCUGUUUUCCCAAUUUUAUUUGUUUAUUAUCAUUAUUAUUUUUGAAUAUCAUAUUGUAUGAUUCUAUAUCUCUGUUGCUUGUGUGUACAAAUUUUAAAUAUAAAUUUUGUGUUGGGUCUUCUUUAUUUUCUUUGGUCUCUCAUUCCUUUCCACCCUCAACAGUAAUGAUUUUCUCGUUACGGGUAUCGUUGUUGAGGAAUCUGAGGAGGUGGUAUUGUGAAAAAGUGGCAGUUAUAGUAAUAGAAAAACAACAAGAGGAAGAAGAUACAGAAGAACAAGUGCACGAGUUUAUGAGAGAAAGAAGAUAUUGUUGGGGUUGAUUGAUGUGAUGAUCAUCAAACCCCCUUUUUAUUGACUUUUUUUGUUAUCUCCAUUUUCUUUCUUUUUCCUUCUCUGUGUUUGGCUUCUGAGAAAAAGGGGUUGCUGGUUUUUUUGUUCUGGGUUUUUCCCCAUUCUCUCUCUGUUGAUUGGUUUUGUUUGGAGUCUUGUGUUUCAUGUCUCAACCAAGGCAAUUUCAGAUGGUGGGGGGAACCAAUGCUGGCCAGUUCAAUGACACCACCUAUACCAAAAUAUUUGUUGGUGGAUUGGCUUGGGAGACUCAGAGAGAUACCAUGAGGCGUUAUUUUGAGCAGUUUGGAGAGAUCCAGGAAGCUGUUGUUAUCACUGAUAAAAAUACAGGGAGAUCCAAGGGUUAUGGUUUUGUUACAUUCAAGGAUCCAGAUGCAGCCAUGAGGGCAUGUCAGAACCCAUCUCCUGUAAUAGAUGGAAGGAGGGCAAACUGCAAUCUUGCAUCACUCGGAGCACACAAGACUCGUCCUCCCACUCCUCAACAUGGUGCAGGAAGGUUUAGGCCAGCACCAGGGUUAGUGGCUCCACCUGCUUAUCAUGGCUCCUCGUCUACAUAUUUUCAUCAACCCACUAGUCAAUAUGCAUUCCCUUAUUCAACUUAUGGGUACACCGGAUAUUCACAAGAUUCCAUGUACCCCAUGAACUUUUACAGUGUCUAUGGAGGUCAACAAUUCUCACCUUACUACACCACUGGAGCAACAGGGCCACCAGGGAUUUUUCACAAUUUCUAUCCAUAUUAUGCUCAAUAUGCCCAGAGUAGUCAAGGUAAUGGUUUUGGCGUUCAAUAUCCCCAGGUGAUGCAGUAUCCAUAUUUGCCUCAGCACUAUAGUUCUGCAGGGAUUCUAUCGCUUCCUCCAGUUGCUGGAGCAGCCACAAGCACAGCUGGUGUGACAGCAACAGCAGGAGCAGCUGGAACAGGGGCUAGUGCUUCUCAAACCGCCGGAACCACUUCUGAACAGGAUUCAUCAACUUAAAUCAAAUUGUGCUGGGGAAUUACAUCUUUUUACAUGGCUAACGAAUGAAAAAGGUGUGGAGAGCAAAUGGAGAAAGGAAAAGGGAAAACAUAUCAAGUAACUAAUUCAAAACAAAAGGAUGCUUGAUCAACUAGAAUAACCAGAGGAGGAAUCCAAGAAUUCAGCAUCAGACUGUUCAUUCAUCGAAAGCGCAUUUGAGAUACAAGGCUCGAUCUACUAACUGUCAUUAAGUCAUUCACCAUUCAUGCUCAAGGAUACUGUCAUUGUCGCAAUCUUCAUCAUCAUACAUGUCUUGUUUAGGAACAUAGAGGGUCUUAGCUGUAGUUAGAAUUAGGGUAAGAACCAUAUUCAUUUCUGUAUUCGCAUAAGGUGGAAACUAAAGGUUGGCUUUGGAUCCCACCUUACAUACUGAUUCUCAGAUGAUUAUGCCUAGGAAGGCAGAGCAUCCAAUGACAUCCUCUUGUUUAUAUUAGCAGUAAUCGGUUCGAAAGAUUGAUUUUAUAUCUUUGAACCCCAGAUUGAUUGGUCAAGAAGAAAUGGCAAGCUCGGAUAGCUUGGCCAUUUUAACUUGUAAUUCUUUGUUUGUUCAUGAUUCAUGAUUGACACUUUUCAAGAUCGGACUAAUUGGAGAAAA